AUGUUAAGUGGCCAAGAAUGGAAUUCUUCAGCCCUAAAAGAUGAUAAUUCCACAUCAACUGAUGUGGCCAUCAAGUGUGGCCGCUGGACAAUAAUAAGACGUCAGCAGGUGCUACAGCCUAGAGUAACUGUAAUGGCAAUGUUGAUGGUUGCAGUGAUCCUGACUCAACCACUCCCCACCCUGGCCUCUAAUAACACUUGCUUCUACCAUAGUGUGGGCACCAUGAACAACACCAUCGCCAGCGCCUUCGUCUACUACAGGAAUGUCUCCAGGACGAUAUGUUUGGGUCAGUGUACUAUUCAGGGAUGUUUGCUGGUAGCUUGGGGCUCGACCUCUGGAAGUUUUGGAGACUGUUAUCUACUGGGGCACAUUACUGCCCCGUCGACCACCACCAACGUCCUCAACAUCACCCUCAGUGUGUAUGUUCCACCACAACCACGUCUGCUGCUGCUGCUGCCAAGCUUGUCCUGGGCAGGCGCUCGAGACCUGUGCUCUGCCCACGGUGGGCAGCUCUUUGCACCCACCACGGUGGCAGAAGUAACUAUAGUGUAUAAUAAAUGCGGAGUAUGCUGGACAGGUUGGAGCAACCAAUUUACAGGGGGUACAUACAUCACGACCACUGGAGUUCCCAUGAACACCACCUCCAUGUGGUAUCCUCCAAACCCUGACAACUAUGCCGGACUUGAACACUGCGCUCAGGUCGCUGGUAGUGUCGGUAUGAAUGACUGGCAGUGUCAAUAUUCAUUAUCGUCCUUGUGUAGUUUAGGUGUGUGAGAACACGACGUAGCAUUUGAUGAUGAGAU